ACACUCGCUAACCGGCCUCCAUCCACACGGCACACAGAGGUAGAAUAGUGUAGAGGUGAGGUGGCUCCAAACAGGCCCCGUUCAAACAACCGAGCGCGCUUCUACGCGACAAACGGUGCUGGUGUCGCCGCCACCAUCGUUGUCGUCGUCGACGUCGUCGACGUCGUCGCCGUCGUGUCGUUGUUGUUGUUGUUGUUGUUGUUGUCGUCGUCCUCGUCGUCGUCGUCAUCGUCGUUGUCGGCGACAUUCGCGAAAGUGCCGUGGCCUCUUCUCUAACUACGAUCAUCGUGUCAUUUGUUGGAACAACAAUUACACUACCCCAACAUACCACCGAGGAGGACAGGGCAGCGUGCGCGCGUGAACACAACUUACGUGUCAUCGAGUGUCGUCCUUCGUGCCGGCCCGACGGACGUCGUACAUGCAUUGUUUCGCUUAAGGAGAACACAGUGCACGUAUAGGGAAUAAAUAUAGGUCGUGAAUGAAGGUCGAUCAUUAGUUUUUGGAAUUUCUCACUGAAACUACGGUGAACUGUAUAAUAGGAGGCGUGUGAGGACACGAGGAUAAGAUCCUAGUGUUGAUAAGAAAAUUUUGUGAAUUGUUGAGUGUAAUAUUAAGGAAUAAGGACAAAGAGAAAAAGAUAGGGAUAACGACAGAGAUAGAAAUAUAGAAAGAAAUUCAAUCGAAAAGAACAGAGUGAAGGUGCCGCGUGAUCGAGAUACUUCAAGGAAGAACCUUUAUCGUUACCGUGAUUCAGUGAGACGUGAGGAUUAAAGUGAAGGAAGUACGGGCGGAUAUAAGAUUAAGGGGUCACCGGAUUAUCAGCAGUCGUGGUACCGUGGCUUUCAUGAUUCCCGCUUGACGUCUCGACAGCAGCCCACCCCGGCACCGGUGAGCUCUAUGACCAUGCUCCAGUCGCAAAAGCUGUACAGCGAGGCUGGUAGUCUCGGUGGUGCCAUGACCAGCGCCGCGAUGUCCAGUAUGGGCAGCAUGGCACCCACGUACAGCUCGAUAAAUUCGAUGGGUUGCGUGUCUAUGGGGAUGUCGAUGGGCGUUGGAGUCGGCCCGAGUUGCAGUCCUCAGGGAGCCGGUGGAUUCAAUAUGAGCACGAUGAGCUCGGCAAUGGGGAUGGCUUCGAUGGGUGGUGGUGGCAUGGGUGGUUAUGGAGGUACAUCGAUGGGCGGUGGUGGCGCUUGCAUGAGCGCCGUGGGUUAUGGUCCGUUAACGCCAGGCGGUGGUACCGCUGUAACCAGAGAUCCUUUGUCGUUAACCGAACCAGACUCUCCGAAUUCUGCCCUUCAACGUGCACGUACCGAUAAAUCUUAUCGGCGAAGUUACACGCACGCAAAACCGCCUUACUCCUAUAUUAGUUUGAUCACGAUGGCGAUACAAAACGCGCCAACCAAAAUGCUCACACUUUCGGAGAUUUAUCAAUUUAUUAUGGAUCUAUUCCCGUUUUAUCGGCAGAAUCAGCAACGAUGGCAAAAUUCGAUAAGACAUUCCCUUAGUUUCAAUGAUUGCUUCGUUAAAGUACCGCGAACACCUGAUAAACCGGGUAAAGGUUCCUUUUGGACGCUGCAUCCGGAGAGCGGUAAUAUGUUCGAAAAUGGUUGUUAUUUGCGUCGUCAAAAGAGGUUCAAAGACGAAAAGAAAGAAUUGACGAGGCAGAAUAACAAACAUCAACAGCACCAACAGCAUCACUCGGGUGCUGCGGCCGCGGCUGCUGCCGCCGCUGCUGCUGCAGCAGCCGCCGCCGCUGGUCAUAAUAGUCCGAAUUCUCAUGAUCUUGGUCAUGGCGGUAAGAAGACACCCUCGUCCCUUCAUCAUGCCCCUCAGCAACAGGACGACAAAGACCUUCACUCUUUGGUCUCGACUCAUCAUCAUCAUCACUCGGCUGGGCUUCAUCAGCAUCAUGCUGCUCUUAAAAGUGACACCACCGAUAUCGGUGGAUUGUUAGGACCAGAUCUCGGUACGGCACAUGACGAACUAACUGCCAUGGUCAGUCGUACACUUCAUCCUCACUUGCUAUCCGAUCCGGCGGCUCUUCAUCAUGGUAUGGCAGGGAGCCUAAAACAAGAGCCACCUUAUACGGCUGCCAGUCAUCCAUUUAGCAUUACCAGGUUAUUACCUGGCGCAACGGCAGGUACGUCGCCAGGUGCCCAAGAUACGAAGCCACCGGAGAUGAAGAUGUAUGAACAGCUUCAUCAGAGCUACGCGAAUUUCGGCUCACCUCAUCACCCCCAUGCACAUUCCGCCCCGCCAAGUCAUCAUCAUCAUAAUGGAAUGCACGCUGGCUCGAAUACCGCUGGAGGACCCAUGCACAAUAUGAGUAAUCAUCAUCAUCAAGAAUAUUACCAGAGUCCUUUGUACCAUCACGCGACAAGCGUGGCUACCAGCAGUGCGCCUCCUCCUCCGUCGGUCGCCACAGCGGCUCCAGGAUUGUGACAUCACGCUACUCACCCCUACGCCUUGGCUUGAGUCGCUGCCGUUGCGGUCUAUGCCGCUUCUGCUGCUUCCGUUGCCGGUGUUACCGUCGCAAAUUCGAAUCAUCUUUCUCCGACGACGAUCGACGACGUUCUUCCUUCACCGCAGCCGCCGCCGCCGCCGCCGCAACCACUACCACCAUCACCGCCGCCGCCACAAUCAUCAUCACCGCCACCACCGCCGCCGCCACCGCCUCUUCCACCACCACCUCAAUCGUCCGCGUCUUCCUCUUCGUCCUCCUCUUCUUCUUCGGUUUCUCUCGCUCAACAUCAACAUCAUCUUAAUCAACAACAUCAACAACAUUAUCAACAACAACAACAAGAACAUCAACAACGCCGUCGACGUCGUUCCGACGAAACCUCUUCUUGGCAGGUUGUCGAUGACGAGUACGACGAAUACGAUGAAGACGAAGAGGACGACGAAGAGGAAAGUAUUGCGUGAAAAGGAGACUCCGAUUCCAUCCAAGGUACGGUCAACCGGUAUUCGCCUUUUCAACUGGCACGAACGAAGAUCCCCGGACGUACAUAUGAACUCUGCUCGAUUCAAUAAUCUCCGAUUCAAUAAUCUCGACUCAAUAACCUUUUCUAUCGAAAAUCAGUUAUUUUUUUUUUUUUGUUUUUGAGUAUUUUUGUCUUUCGUUUUCUUUUCUUUUUUUUUUUUUCACAUUCGACGAUGGUUAAUGAGCUUAAAAAGCACAUCGUUCGGCUGAAAUGUGUCACGUCGAUCACGUAGAGUCUCUUCCCUCUAUCCACUUCUUUUAUUUCCUCUUCUUCCUUCAGUAUAUUUUUUUUCGUCCUUGAAAAAAAGUGGACAAACCGUGUACUUUGAAAUUGUCUCGAGAGUUUCCUUCCCGUUUUACUUGUCUUCUCACCGAAAACAGAAAGAUGACUCGAAGCCGUCCUCGUUCGAGUCGCGACGCGUGGGGUGCGUGGUUGUUGUUGUUGUUGUUGUUCUUGUUGUUGGUGGUGGUAGUGGUGGUGAUGGUGGUGGUAGUGGUAGUAGUGGUAGUGGUAGUGGUGGUGGUGGUGGUGGUGGUGGUGGUGGUGGUGUUGCUGCUGCUGCUGCUGCUGCUGCUGCUACUACUGCUGCUGCUACUACUGCUGCUGCUGCUGCUGUUCUUGUGGAAUUUUAAAGGCAUAAUUAAUUAACAUGGGUGCGUACGUCUAAUCGAUAAAUGUAUACAUUGCAAAUUGCAAUUAAAUGACGAAAAAGAAAAAUAAAAAAUAAAUAAAACGAUGCGAAAGUGUCUCUCCGAUAUGCGACCGAUUAGCUUCGAACAUCGAUAUUCGAUAGAUUAUCUAUACAUAUAUCUCUGUAUUAGCCGCGCGUAAACAUGAAAACGUUAUUUAUGUUUUCACUCUUUGGAUAUUAUUGCGAGGACAAUAUUUUCGAUUCUAUAUUUACACGCGAGACGACGGCGAAAUAUGCUUUGACGCGAGCCUAAUAAUGAAUUUUAGCGGUUAGUCGAACGAUGAGAAGAAUAAUGAUAAUUUAAAACGAAAGAAAACAAAAUGAAAGAAAAAAAAUAAUAAAAAAAGGGGAAAAAAGCAGAAGAAGGAACAAAAGAAAAAAAAGAAAAAGAAAUGAGAAAGAAGACGAAAACGAAGACGAAAAAGAAGAUAAAGGAAAAGUAAAAGGAGGAAAACGUUGUUACCACUGCGAUUACAUUUAACCGAUAUGCAGACGAUGCUUUAUAGUUUUUGCGAUAGUUUUAUUUCGCGCACAAUCGUUCCUCGAGCCUCCGUCCACGAUCCUGUACUUACUUACGUAGCAUGGAGUGGUAUACAACGAUUCUCUGAUAGGCGCUAGAAUUAAAUAGAAAAACUAAAAAAGACAAAAAAAAAUAAACAAACAAAAAAAAAAAAAAAAAAAGAAAAGAAAAGUGAAAAAAAAUAAAAAAAAAAAAAAGAAGCGUAGUAUCGUAGUGUGCUUUACUUUACAAACGAUCGAAUUAAUAAUCGAUCGCGAUUCGUCUUCUUCGACUCAUUUGUUAGACUCCUGCUUCCUUUUUAAAAAAAUCGGAUUAAAUCAUUGACAUAGUUUAUUUUCUAUCUUUCUAUUUGCAAUUCGUUUAUCUCGAUUUUCAAUUUACCAUUUGUCGAUCUGUCAAUGUAUGCAAGAAUGCGUAGGGAUGCGCCAGGUUGAGCGUACGACGACACUUAAACAAUUUAUUGUUAGUAACAAAUCUUUUCGUUGAUGUAACAUUCGAACGAGAUGCGAUGUUCGAGAGUAUCGAUUUACGAUUGCUAUAUUAUCAAGCGACAGCAGCAGGUCUUUCGAAAUUAUUUUGGAAUUAGUCAUUUUAUAUACGCAUGCAUGUGUGUAUAUACAAUAAAUACAUACAUACAUACGUAUGUACGUACGUAGAUACAUACAUAUGUUAUUAUCAUUUGUUGUGUAGAAAAACACGCUCGCUUGUUUUCGGUCGUUGAUCUCGAUUUCGCGCGCGUCAUACUUAUCGCCAUCGGUCUCUACUACUAUUGCUACUACAUUGCUACUACUACUACUACUACUAUUACUAUUACUACUAUUACUACUACUACUACUACUUCUACUUCUAUUUCUAUUUCUACUACUAUCGCAAUAUUUUCAACGUAUCGUGGAUGAUCGUACGGUAUACGUUAAAUCAAUGGUUAUUGCUAUCGCUAUGAGCGAUCAUUAAAUAGAAAUCAAUGGCGAUAAGAAGAAAAAGAAGAAGAAUAGUUUCGCUCGGGUUCAUUCGCACGAGAAUGGAUGCAUCUUCGAAACGAGUCGACGUACACAUAAAUGGCUGUCGUAGAUAUCUAUCGAAGAGGCAUUAUCGUUGUAAAGAAAAUAAUAGAAAAUGAAUUGAAAUGAAACGAAAUGAAUUGAAUUGUGAAUUGAAUUGAAUUGAAUUGAAUUGAAAUGAAAUGAAACGAAAUGAAAUGAAAUGUAAUGAAAUGAAAUGAAAUGAAAUGAAAUGAAAUGAAAUGAAAUGAAAUGAAAUGAAAAGAAAUUCAAAGAAAAUAGAAGGAAUGAAAAAUGAACGCGAGACAAUUUUAACGCGAGCAAUGUAACACACCUACAUAUGUAUGUAUAACAUUUCGGUGAGUUUAUCGAUCAUUACAUAAUCGUUCGGCCGUCGUUCAGAAGCCGUUAUCUUUUUAAGCGUGCUGGUAGACGUUAUUAAACGUACACGUUGGUACAACGAGAUCGUGAAUAUACGGUGUGUAUCGUCCAUACCAAAUAUAUAUUAUAAAUCAAAAUCGGUCGGAGACACGGAGCAACGGUAAAAUUAAUUGAUAGAAAUAAAUAAAGAAAAAAAAAAAGAAAACUAAACGAAACGAAACGAAAUGAAACGAAGUUAAAAGAAAAGAAAAGCAAAGGAGAAGCGUAUAAUUAUGAUAGAAUAGAUCGGUGAGAAUUGUUCGGGCUGCGGUGCUGUUAAAUAAUGACGAAGAAAAGUUAGAAGAGUGGGGGGGGGUGAAGGUUGGCGGUGAUGCCGGCACAGAGAGCGACAAAAAUGUGAUAAUCUGCGAAAAUAAAUAUAAAUUAGCGAACGUAUACUCGCGAUGGACGUAUGUAUGUAAGUGCGUCCGCUUGUGCGUGCGUCAUCACUCUAGCGCACGUGUCCCAAAAAUUUUGAGAAAAAAAAAAGAAAA